UUUAAUUUAGAAAGGUAUCUUGUUUUGGAAUAGAUUUGGUGGGCCGAAGGGCCUGUUCCUGUGCUAUACAGUUCUUUGUUCUUUGUUUGUAGUGGAGCUCCCCAGGAAGUCAAUAUUGGGACACUUGCUUUCUCUGAUAUAUCCAGAUCUUGGUGCACGGGGAACAAUUUUAAAAUUUGUGGUCAGUCCAAAACUUGAAAACAGUGAGGAGGACAGGACAGAACUUCCAAAGGUCAUUGACAGUUGCGUUUGUCGUUUCUGAAAUACACUGCUACAGAACAGUGGAAUUGUCUAAGAAACUGUUGCCAAAGUCCACAGAAUGUGUACCAGAAGCAUGAAGACACUCUUGAUUCUAAGCGCCAUCCUCACGAUCGCAAGGACGAAAACCUUUGAAAGGUGCGAGCUAGCUCGAAUCUUCAAGUAUGCUGGAUUGGAUGGUUAUGAAGGGUACAGUCUACAAAACUGGAUUUGUACUGCCUUCUACGAAAGUGCUUACAACUCUGCAGCUCUCAACAUUGAAUGGCACCGUGGGAAAAUCUUGUCAAUGGAUUGUGGCCUAUUUCAGAUCAACAGUUUCUGGUGGUGUCUGGAUAAUGAUACUCCUGUCAGCUUAAGGAACUGUGGCAUGAACUGCUCAGAUUUCUUAGAUGACGACCUGACUGAUGACAUUGUAUGUGUGAAGAGUAUAGUCAAGUUACAUCCUGGAAUGUCAGCCUGGACCACUUGGAAUAGCAACUGCCAUCGGAAAAACAUUGAUCACUUUGCGGCUGGAUGUGGUAUUUAAAGAUGGAGACCUGGUUGGUUUGGAUCAACGGAAAAUGGGGUUUACAUGAAUUAUUUAUGCACUACUGGAACCUGAUAAAGGGGUGAGACAGGUCGUCCUUUCAAAUUGCAUUAACUGCAGACAUUGGUUAUUCAAUCCCUUUCUCCUCACCCUCCUUCCUUCUAACUGGCUGAACAGCGAUGGUGGGAUACCAGGCCUUCAGCUGCUCACUGUUCUAAAAAAGGUAUCUUGGGGGAGAUCCCUGGGUCCAAUUUUCCCAGCUGAUAGCAAUGAGAUCUUAUCCAUGUGCAAAUUCUCAGUCUGAUGGGGGAAUGAGUCGCAGAGGGUUUCAAAUCUAUAGAAUCAGACAGCAUGAAAAACCAGUGGCCCAUUAGAAUUGGUAACAUAGUGGUUACGUUAGUCAACUGGUAAUCCAGACACCUGAUCUGAUGUUCCAGUUACUUGAGUUAAUGUUCUACCACAUCAGUUGGGUAAUUUAAACACCAAGAUUAAUGAAGUGUGAGUAAAAAACAAAGUAUAACUAAAGGUGACCAUCUAAAUAUUGUUGUAAAAGCCCUUCAAUUCACUGUCCUGAAGGAAAGAAACCUGCCCUCCUUACCUGGUCUGUCCUACAGGUGUGACUCAAGGCUCAUUCCCUCUGAAAGGACUGACAAGCCCCUCAGACAGAUGGGCAUUGAGUGAUUGACAAUCAAAGCUGCUCUUUCCAGCAACACCCACUGUCAAGGGAUAACUUUAAAAAAAUGAUGUGUCUGUGAUGUUCCUUUGAAAGAGCCUGACCUCCUUGCUGUUUCCCAAAGGUCUAUAAGUGAUACCUUUUCAAACAUAUGUCCAAUUACUUUCUGAAACUUACUUUUUCAUCUAUUUACACCUCUCUUUUGUUUGAAUCUAAUAACUAACCCAUCACUACUUCUUUUGUCUAUUACCUUUAAUCUGUGUUUGCCAACUUGCCAACUCCUUUUACACCCUAUCUUUAUUGUACAUUCUUUGAAUAUCUCCAUUUAAUCACUCAUUAAAGUUCUUUGCUUUUCUUAAUGGGAAGUGGGCAUGUCUAACUGGGCCAGCAUUUAUUAUCCAGAGCUGGUUGCCCUUAAGGUGGUGGUGAGCUACCUUCUUGAACUGCUGCA